AUUAGUCAAAUUUAUGAAAACAUGAAGACAGGGAAUUGACUUAAAGAUUCUUUUGGCCAAAAAAUCAGAGGAAGAAUAGAGCGCGAUGACUUCUUAAUCCUCCCAGGUGAGUGCACAAAAUAUAUCAUAUAAGAAGGGUUGUACGACGUCAGGACGAUUACUAUAUACUGCUUUGACGGAGUAUCCGUCUAGUUCACACUUCUCUUCGGUCACGAAUUUCAAUUUGACAGUUGACAGAUACCCUGAAAGACACUUUUGGCAGAUGGCAUGAAUCUUUUCCUUUUUACAACUUGACAAACAUGGGUAAGGACAUAAACCAUAAAUACGACCGAAAGGUUCGACGUACCGAACCUAAAAGUCAAGAUGUGUAUCUGCGGCUUCUAGUAAAGCUGUACAGAUACCUAGCACGUCGUACCGACUCAAAAUUCAACAAAACAAUCCUGAAAAGAUUGUUUAUGAGCAAGAUUCACAGGCCUCCAAUAUCCUUGUCCAGAGUCGUCCGGUUGAUGAAGAAACCCGGACGUGAGGGUCUCACAGCUGUUAUUGUAGGUACCGUGACAGACGACGCGAGAAUAUUUGAAAUCCCAAAACUGACUAUAUGUGCACUGAGGGUUACUGAGACUGCUAGGGCUAGGAUCCUGAAAGCAGCCACAGGUCAUAAAGAAGUUCAAUUUUACUGUCCACAAAAGAGUAGCAGGCAAAGAAAAGGUGUUAGGAUGAACCAUUUCGCUGCGACCCAUCAAGUGACUACUUUAUCCGGCGCAGCAACUAUUUUCUAUUCCAGAAUGUGCAUCUAUAAUUAAACCUUCAAAAUGUGUUACUGAUAUGUUUGCAACUGGUACACAUGUAUGCCAUGGCCUUUGUUAGUAUUUAUUUUCAAUAUAUAUAUAUAUAUAUAUAGGGUGUCCGCAAAGUUGGGGUCUUCCUUUACACGACGUGUAGAUCUAGAAAACAUAAGCAAUUUUUCUUAGUACCAUAUACACCACUGUCUUAAGGGAACCGAGAUAAAGGGCUCUGCAACAUCAAAAAUAUCUGAAUACCGCGACUCGCGACAUCCCCAAC